CUUGCCUUGACCUGGCCAUCGGGCACCCGUCCCUUAGCUCGCGUCACUGUUGGCCAAAUUCACCCAAUGUGUUGCAAGUAAUGCCUUCUUGCCACAAGCCCAAUCACCAUAUUUGGUUUCUCUUAUCAGGCGAACAGCGCACCUUAAGGCGCAUAUGUUGUGUAGUGACCGGCCUGAGCAGGUGCUCAUCGCUCAGCAUCGGCUGCAGUCUCUCGCUCCGAACCGUGACGUCCUCAGUGAAGGAAAUGGAGAAGCUUCCUCGAGUAUUACUAUCAGCGUUCUUUUACAAGUCUUAUCUUUAACGUUAUUAAUAUCAAUUGCGGAGAGCCUUUCAUCCACCUAUCCGUCUUAUCUCUUGUCAAGUUUCAGGUCUUGAUAUCGCCCCCGUCCCACUCCGUUCCCCAGCAACAUGCCUCAUUGGACCGAACUCGUUGCAGAGAAGAAGCAGAGGCAACUAAAGUCCAUUCCGCAGGAGUGGCUUGUGUCCCCACCUCCAGACUCUACUCUGGACGUGACUGGUUUCCCGGAGACGUGCGGCCUUUUGACUGCACGAGAAAUUGAUAUUUCCAACACUUCGGUGGAAGUUUUGCUGGAGAAACUCGCGUGUGGCGAAUGGACAGCUGUAGACGUGACCACUGCGUUCUACAAGAGGGCCAUUGUCGCCCACCAGCUCGUCAACUGCUUGACGGAAAUUUUUGUUGAUCGCGCAUUAGCCCGAGCUGCUGAACUCGAUGAUCACUUUAGACAGACAGGGAAGGUCGUUGGUCCCCUCCACGGGCUGCCGAUCUCUCUAAAGGACCAACUAUGUAUCAAGGGACUAGAAACUACUAUGGGUUACAUCUCGUGGAUUGGGCGGUACGCAGAGAAAAACGCAGUACUGGUCGAUAUUCUGAUCGAGUGCGGAGCCGUGCCAUUCGUCCGCACCAACCUUCCGCAGACAGUCAUGUGGCCAGAAUCCUUCAAUAAUAUCUUCGGGCGGACGACUAACCCACACAACCGCGCUCUAACCCCGGGUGGGUCCUCAGGAGGAGAAGGCGCCUUGGUUGCCCUUAAAGGAAGCCCUUUGGGGGUGGGUUCUGAUAUCGGGGGUUCUAUUCGCAUUCCUGCCUCAUUCUGCGGCUUGUACAGCCUGAGACCGUCAUACGGGCGUGUACCAUACUGUGGCGCCCUCAACUCACUCGAGGGCCAAGAUUCGGUUCAGUCCGUAUUCGGUCCCAUGACAAAUAGUGUCGGCGGGGUCAAAGCCUUUAUGAAAGCUGUUGUCAAUGCUAAGCCAUGGCUCAAAGACCCUCUUGCGGUUAGGAAGAAAUGGCAGGAAGACGAAUAUAAUCUCGCGGACCACGGAUCCGGCAAGGAUCUGUGCUUUGCGAUCAUGUGGGAUGAUGGUGUCGUUGUGCCCCACCCGCCUAUCAGGAGGUCUCUGGAAGUCACCAAAGCGGCUCUCGAGAAGGCAGGCCACAAAGUCAUCGACUGGAAGCCAAUCAAGCACAGGUUGCUUGCAGAUACUACGCGGAAUAUCUGGAACGCCGCCUCCGCUGAAGACUACAUGAUCACAACCUCUGUUUCAGGGGAACCAAUAAUUUCAACGAUGGAGCUAGAUAACUCGGAUGGUCCGGUGCUACCCUUCCGUCCGAAGAAGAUCGGUAUUACUGCAUACCAGCUCUGGCAAGCGCAGAAACUGCGCAAAGAUACCCGGAAAGAAUAUUUGGACCAUUGGGAAGCAACUACAUCAGAGACUGGUACAGGGCGACCUGUCGACGCUAUCAUCUGUCCAGCCUCAUCGUAUACAGCGACGCCCCAUGGAAAGAACAGGUACACUAAUUACACGACGGUUUGGAAUGCGCUCGACUAUCCCGCUGCAACUUUCCCUGUGACCACUGUCGACCCCAUUCUUGAUGCGAAGAAGCCUCCUCAUGUUUUCUAUGACGACUUUGAUAAGAGCAUUUACGACAUGUACGACCCGGAGAGAUUCAAGAACGCGCCUGUUUGCUUACAGCUCGUGGGUCGGACUCUGGAGGAAGAGGCAGUCAUCAAAAUGACCGAGAUUGUCGAUGCGGCGCUGGCAGCUGUCAAGUAA